AUGCCGUCCAAUUGUCAAGUCUGUCAGCGGCCUGUGGCGGACGCCCGCUCGGCCCGUCAGCAUGGCUGUCCCUUUUGUCACCGCACCUUUGGCAGAGUCGACGUCGCCCGCCGUCAUGCCCGGACCUGUCCUGCCCGAGGAGGCCGGCCUCUGCCGCCCCAAGCCCGGCGCGGGAGGAAGCUUCGGGCCUGUGAUAGCUGCUCCAGGUUAAAGGUGUCGUGCGACUCUGAACUACCGUGUGCGCGGUGCUCUUCUCGUGGCAUCACUUGCAGAUACAGCUCCCUCUGUCACGACCCAUCGCAUCGACCCCAAGCACAAGUCGAAAGUGAGGCAGAGCCUGUCCGAGAUGACCGCCUUAGCCUCUCUUUUCUCCUUCGUUCUACCGACCCCAGCAGGGACUCCAUGUUUGACACCGUCGCUGCUGAUCUUGAAAGGGACCUUGCGUCAUCCACGACAUGGAAACGAGAUCUACCUACCACAAACACUCUCUCUGGGACCAUUGACCCAGCACUCCUCCUAUUGGACUUUUCCAGCAUACUUGAGGAUAUCCCAGAGUCUCAAAGCAUGUAUAAUGACACCGUCAAAAUACCCCUCGACCUAAGCCUCAGUAUUUCAGCCGAUGUCUUGGCCGCCAGAGUGAGCUCUAUCGCAGCCCAGCUGCAUGGCCUGGUGGGAUCUAAGCCACUUCUCAAAGACGAAUUCGAUCACUGCUGCAUGACAGGCUUCUUCAGUCCAGAUCAUUUCCAAAACACACUGGAUGCCUACCUUCAUCGACGGCACUACUAUGCCACCUUUAUCCACUGGCCGACCUUCAGCCCUAAUAAGGUCAUGCCUCACCUCUUGCUGGCCGUGGCACUUGUCGGGACCUCAUACUUGCAGUACCGUGUCGGCUCGACAUUCACCCUCUCUGCGGCGCUACUGGAGUUAUCCGAGAUGUACAUCUUUGCCGAGAUUCAAAGGAGGCUGGAUUCCAGUAUCGACUUGACCACCUCAGGCGAAGAUGUCGAGAUCUGCCAAGCAGCUGUUCUCAUCGUCUCAUUGCAGAGCACUCACCAAGGCGGAGCCCGGGAGAGGACCGCCACUUUGCGAAGCCCUGUGGUAGCGGCCAUGAUAAGAAGAGGUGGGCUAGUCGGCUUUAGCCACGAUGUGCCGCCAUCCAAAGCCACUUGGUCUCGGUUCAUUGAGCAUGAAACACGUAUUCGGCUCGUGACGUGGGCUUUUAUCAAUGACUCCCUUCUCACAUUGUUCUGCAGCCAUCCUCCAUCUAUAACGGUCAAGGAGAUGUGCGGGAGUCUCCCCUGUCGGAACGAACUCUGGGAGGCAGUAUCUCAAGAUGCAUUCGAAGAGGCACAGCGUGGAAUGCAAGCCGACUCCUCUUCGCCUUCGUCAUUUAGUCAUGCUAUUUCGCUUCUUCUAAGUGAGGAGUGGACAGAUUCCAUUGCCGCCUCCUUUCAUCAGCUGGGUCCUCCCAACCUGCAUCACAUUAUGCUAGGCUUCCAGUCUUUGAUUUUCAACCACCGCACAUCCAUGCUACCAGCCAGUUCCUCCGACAUCCUACUGAGGGCGCUGAAUCGUUGGACCCCACUCUGGGAUGCAGCUAUGCAACAAAUCCCUGUUGAUGAUAGGAAAUGGCUGGGUGUUUCUAGAUACUCUCCUGAAGUAGCUACCAUAUCUAAGAGGAUUAUAGAGGUGGGCGGGACUGAGGAGGGGAAGAACUCGCCCUAUCUUCAGUGCAUUGGGACCUAUGACAUGAUCGCCUUUCACGAGUUUAUCCGUAAAUAUGGGUUGGAGCGCCCUGCGGGUGCUGGGAAGCGGGAUGGAUGA